AAACCUGGAGAAUUUGCAUCAUCAUUUAGCUGGAGUAAGUUGGUGUGACAGGCAGGAGCUUAAAUACCAGCCCAUGAGGAAGCUGAGCUGGUCUGUAACGAUAGGGCGGCAGCAGCAGCCGCAGCAGCAGAGGUAGUCAGAGGAGGUGAAGGAGCCGAGAGCACCAUGAACACACACGUGUUUCUGAGGAGUUAUUAGAUAGCCGUGAAAGAAAAUACACCUUUGAGUUUUUACCUAUGAACACAAUAGCACUGAGAGAGACAGUCUGAAAGUAGAGAGGAAGAGAUUGAUCAGUCACACCAAGAACAACCAAAGUUGCAAGUUUGGGAGUUUUUUUUUUCCUGUGUUUCAUUUUUCCCCCGUGUGUCACCACAAUGGUCAGAAAGCCUGUUGUGUCCACCAUCUCCAAUGGAGGUUACCUGCAGGGGAAUGUUAACGGCAGGCUGCCUUCCCUGGGCAGCAAGGAGCCCCCUGAGCAGGAGAAAGUGGUGCUGAAGAAGAAAAUCACUUUGCUGAGGGGCAUCUCCAUCAUCAUUGGCACCAUCAUUGGAGCCGGAAUCUUCAUCUCUCCUAAGGGCGUGCUCCAGAACACGGGCAGCGUGGGCAUGUCUCUGAUAAUCUGGACGGUCUGUGGGGUCCUGUCACUAUUUGGAGCCUUGUCCUAUGCCGAAUUGGGAACCAGUAUCAAGAAAUCUGGUGGUCAUUAUACAUAUAUUCUGGAAGUCUUUGGCCCGUUACCAGCUUUUGUACGAGUCUGGGUGGAACUACUCAUAAUACGCCCUGCAGCCACUGCUGUGAUAUCUCUGGCAUUUGGACGCUACAUUCUGGAACCAUUUUUUAUUCAAUGUGAAAUUCCUGAACUUGCAAUCAAGCUCAUUACAGCUGUGGGCAUAACUGUAGUGAUGGUCCUAAAUAGCAUGAGUGUCAGCUGGAGCGCCCGGAUCCAGAUUUUCCUAACCUUUUGCAAGCUCACAGCAAUUGUGAUAAUUAUAGUCCCUGGAGUUAUGCAGCUAAUUAAAGGGCAAACACAACACUUUAAAGAUGCCUUUUCAGGAAGAGAUGCAAAUAUUAUGGGAUUGCCACUGGCUUUCUAUUAUGGAAUGUAUGCAUAUGCUGGCUGGUUUUAUCUCAACUUUCUUACUGAAGAAGUGGAAAAUCCUGAAAAAACCAUCCCCCUUGCAAUAUGUAUAUCCAUGGCCAUCGUCACCAUUGGCUACGUGCUGACAAAUGUGGCCUACUUUACGACCAUUAGUGCCGAGGAGCUAUUGCUUUCCAAUGCCGUGGCGGUGACCUUUUCUGAGCGGCUACUGGGAAAUUUCUCAUUAGCAGUUCCGAUCUUCGUUGCCCUCUCCUGCUUUGGCUCCAUGAAUGGUGGUGUAUUUGCUGUCUCCAGGUUAUUCUAUGUUGCGUCUCGAGAGGGUCACCUUCCAGAAAUCCUCUCCAUGAUUCAUGUCCGCAAGCACACUCCUCUGCCAGCUGUUAUUGUUUUGCACCCUUUGACGAUGAUAAUGCUCUUCUCUGGGGACCUCUACAGUCUUUUGAAUUUCCUCAGUUUUGCCAGGUGGCUUUUUAUUGGGCUGGCAGUUGCUGGGCUGAUUUAUCUUCGAUACAAACGCCCCGAUAUGCAUCGUCCUUUCAAGGUGCCGCUCUUCAUCCCAGCUUUGUUCUCCUUCACAUGUCUCUUCAUGGUUGCCCUUUCGCUUUAUUCGGACCCAUUUAGCACAGGGAUUGGCUUCGUCAUCACUCUGACUGGAGUCCCUGCCUACUAUCUCUUCAUUAUAUGGGACAAGAAACCCAGGUGGUUUAGAAGAAUGUCAGACAGAAUAACCAGAACAUUACAAAUAAUACUGGAAGUUGUACCUGAAGAAGACUGUCAUAAAUUAUGAAUUAAUAUAUUUGAAAUCUUGGCGAUCUGUCCCGGCCCUUGUUUCUUCCCAAAGGGCUGAAACAAAAUAUGGAUCUUCACUUCAUUUUAUGACAGUCCAGAGGAUUGCGACUUUGGUGAUGGACUAAAGGAAUCGGUUAUUUCCAUUCAUAUCUUUUUGUAUGUUCAAACUGGUUUCUAAGAAUUUUAGUUACAACUCCAUGUAGGUGUAGAAAGCUGAUAUGCAGUUAUACCAUGAGUUCUCAUGGUUGUUUAGUUCUUGAUACCUACCUGUUGAGGUUAGGGAAAAAGACUGCGGAAUGAACAAUUGCUUUAGUGGUCUUUUUCUAUAACCUAUCUUAUAACGGCUAAGAACCUUCAAAUUGAUGACUGAGAUGUUUUCUGUAUAUGUGGGUUUUGUAAAAACUAUUUUUACAUACUGUAGAUGACCAUACUGUGAAAGUGUUUUCUACUUUUCUGGAAAAAAAAAAUCAUAUGUCAUCCUUAUGGACAGAGGAAAGAAUGAAAUUUAUUUUCCAUUGGCAUUGCAUUGCUUCCCUUUAGAUACCAAGUAAAACACCACUCAUCUUUUAAUGGACUAUACCCAGAGCAUUUUGAACAAAGGACAGAGGGGAUAUGCCUAAUUUUAAUGAAUGUAUUAAAGAAGAGCUUCUAGGGGCUAUUGUUUAUGAGACAAAUCCAGGAAUUGUAUUUAAGUAAAAAUCCUUGAGAAUUUAUUAUGCUAAGAUUUUUUAACUCAUUAUCAGGAAGUCCCAUGGUUAUGUGCCAUUUUAUUUUCAUGGUAGUCCAUUUGAUCAGGAAAGGAUAUGGCACCUUUCUUAGAGCAAAGCAAUACUCAGUUUGGUGUUACAACCUCUUAAGCACAGUAACUUGUUUCACUAAUAGUUUAACCCUUGAAAAAUGUAUCUAAAUAUGUGUAUUUUUAAAUCUUCAAAUUGCAAUAUCAACAUAACACAGAAAUCACCAAGAAAAAAUGCCCAAAAUAUUAUGUUCAACCCUACAAUCAAAUCUAUAUGCAGUGUUAGUAAUUCUGAACAAUUUUUCUUAUUCAUAGCUAUUUUUACAUGGUGAUGAGUUUUGACAGUUUGUACAUUUUCUUUAUACAUUUUAUAUUCUGUUAAAAUAUCUCUUUGGAUAAAACUGUCCAGAUCAAUUAGGAAAAGGCAUAUAUUUACAUAAAAAUUGAGGAGGAAAUGUCACUGCUAAAUAAGAUUUACAACCGAUGUUUCUAAAAAUUUUCCACUUCUAUAUCUAGGCUUUGUCAGUAAUUUUUUCACCUUAACUACCAUUUGACUUGCAAAAGAGAUAACUGAUAACAAAUUCAUUGAAAGGAGGAGAAACUGUGCGUGAUGGUGUGCAUUCAGACAGGUGUUGUUAUGCUAGGAUUCGAAAAUAUUGUGAAAUUUUCAAAUGAAAAUAAGAUAAUGGUGAAAUUUGUAAAUUAUUAUUUACAUACAGCUAAGAUUAAAUAGUUAUGGCCGGAGUAUGUUUCACCCUUUAAUAUUUGUCGAUUUUAAAAUAAGAAAUUUUGAAAGAAUUACACUGAUUAAAAUCAUUAAGAGCAGAUGUAGAGUUCAUAGAUAUUUGACCAAAGUAGAAAUGAUUAUUUAUAAUUUGAGGCAAUUCCAAUUCAUUCAUUUCAAUUUUUUCUUUUGAUAAACAUUUAAUAUAUAUCCAAUAUUGACAUCUUUCCAGCCAAACCUAGUGUUUGGGUCUUUAAGUGAAUUAAUAAAAGUUCCUUACUUUUUCUGUUACCAUAGAGUUUUAAAAUUUCGUCUGGAAUCUUUAAUACCUAUAUCCAUUUGUCUACAUCUUUCCCCACUAUAUUGUUCCUAGAGGCAGAAGUAGAUUUCCUUUAUUUUCCUAUUUUUUACAGUCUAGGUCUAUACAAUCUCAACCAGCAAACUCCUUUUUUCUCGCCUAAUAAAAAAAAAGGUAAAGUCUCAUGAAGAGGUUUGUGUAGUUCUUGAUUAUUCCUGAGAUUAAUGUGCUCAUAUCAAUAGUGGUAGAUAAGUUUCCUCAUUGUGUUUGCUUAUUUUGGGUUCUAAUUUCUCUUUAAAUAUGUUGUUGUACAAGAUAACUAGAAUACAUAUUCAUUAUUCUUUCCAUCAAUUUCAAAAAUGAUUUUUGCAUUGUUAAAUUUCUAAAGCCAUUGUAAUGUCAUUUUAACCAGAGAGAGAGUCAGUUGGUAAUUUUUUAAAAAGUGAUGAAGAUUAAGUUGUAUUUCAACUUAUUUUUAGGACAGAUCAUGACAAGACACAGGGUUUCUGUAAUCAGGGAAUCAAUGCUUAGUUUUUAUUCAAAAUGGUGUCAUGCCAAGCAGAUUCUAGUUCUAAAUCUCUCCUGCACACUUUUAUAUAUACGUGUAUUUUAUACUAAGUAAAAUUUUUUCUCAUAUAUUUAGAAUUUUAUAUAUAUGGCAUUAUAUAUAUAAAUUAUUACAUGUGAUAUACUUGUAAUAGUGUGCAUAUUCAAAUGGUUAUAUACAUAUUGAGAGUUGAUUAUAACACAAAAUAAAAAUGCUAAUACGGUGUAAGACAACUAGAAUACUAUUUUCAAGUGUUCUGCUUUUUGGGUACAUAGAAUCUCAACUAUUUAAUUAUGAAUUAAACAGAUCUAGUAAAAAACUUCCAAAGCUAAAACAAUCUGGUUUAAAAAAUGGAAUGAUUCUCCUUCCACAAUUAUGAAUAUUUCAGAAAUAUUUUUGAUCCAUUUUUAAAAUAUUAGAUUAUCUUCCUAAGAUUUUUCUUUGAUCAAAUGAAGAAAACUGGACUGUUAUAAAUGGUGACUUGGUCAGCGGGGAAAGUAGACCCUGUUCUUGUCUUUCUUCAGGAGAUUAAAGAGUUGUCCUAGAAAAGAUGGCUGACUCCAGUACCACACAUAAAUGUUAGGUGUAUGCACGCACACAUAUACAUAUGUGCUUGUACUGUAUCUCCCUCACUCCUGCUGGCACAAAAUUAGGAUAGAUUAUUAGGUUACGUUCGCAAUGCAUGGCAGUUUCUCUAGCACUAAAAUAUGCAUGUUGAAACAAAUUUCCAGAUUGUCUUCUGUGUCCGGUAAAAUUAUUUCCCCAAUUGCUGUUUGAUCUAUCAACAGAUGGUUAACAUGAGUAUAAUUACAUAACUCAACAGAAUUCUUCAUGACCUGUAAUCAGUCUUCUGGGAACUCAUUAUUUUAUCUCUAUUUACAGAUGAAUGUAAUGCUAACAAAGAAAGGGAGCAUCUUUGACAUAUAGUUGAUUUCUUGUAAUUGAAGUACGGGUUAUGAAAAGAUAAAAAACUGAAGGUCAGGGUAGCAGGAAAUGGAAAGUAGUAGGGGAUGGGAGGCAAUAAUAUUUGGGUGUAAUUUAUUAUGCAAUAUAGUCAGAGAAAUGUUAAAAAUUCAUUGUCUGCUGCACGUAGGUGGAUAUCCUGAGAAGCUAAAGAAAUGUAAGCAUCAGUGCCCCUCACUUAGACAUGCCUCUUCCAAGGUCCUGUACCUAAUUUUGCAUUAGGAAUUUUGUAUUAGUUUUCUUGAUGAAGAUCAGCAAAAUUAUCUAUACUUCUGGCCCUAUGAAAUCUGUAAUUGUCCCUGUGCGUAAGGUAAAAUAACUCCCAUUACUUCUUCUAUUAGAAAUAAGCAUGAGCUUUUUGUAGGAUAUAUUUUUAAAUAAUGAAAUUGUGAGGUAACUGAAAUAUCUAUAUAUAACUUUAAGCGGCUUUCUCAUAAAUAUUAUGUGAUAUAUAAGGAGAAAAUUUCACCUUUUAUGUAUAUUUUGUGUCAGUUCUGAAUGUUAGAAAAAACAAUGGGAUUUUAAUUGUAGCUCUUUUUUUUAGUUUGGAAAGAAAUAGAUUUGGGAUUUGGAUGCAGAUUAGUCAAGAAAUCUGGUUUUACUUAAAUAUAAUCUUGCGUCAUUUUAUCCUAUGGGCUAUGUGUUGGUGCUGAUAAUGUGGACAGAGUUCGAUUUUACCCUCCUAACCAUUCGAAGUUAGGAAUUAAAGUGUGGCGUUGUAUACCUGACAAGAAGCUGGUGGUGGAUAUAAAUUAGAAUAGAUAAUGAGUCAUCCUGACAGCUUCUGUUUACAUUGUUUAUAUAAAGGUAAAAGAAUUGUUACCUAUAAAUGUAUUUUAAGUUAAUUUUCUCAUAAACAGUAUUUUCAAUCUAUCGCGAUAUAUAAAAUACCUAAAAGUAUAACCUCUCGGUAGUAUUAGUACUGUACUUAAAAGGAUAUUUUAACAGCCAAGUUUUGGAGAUAAUUAUUUCUUCUUUUUGUUGCAUUUUCAAAUUAGUUGGUGUCUAACAAUAAAUGCUUGGUCUAUUUUUAGAUCUGAUACAAAUUCACAAAGGUGUAAAUCAUGGUCUCACAGAAAAUUCAGCAGUUUUCCAUAUGUUGUGAGCCAUAUCAUCCUUCUUUACAACCUCACAAGGAUAUUAACGAUCUUUUUGAGCAAUUUCUGUUUUCUUUGAAUGAAUCAAUGAUUCCCUUUGUUUUUUUUUUUUUGACACCCCCUUCCCCCAAGAUAAGAGUGUGUCUUAAUUUGAGUUUAUACAAUUACCUGGGUAUUAGUGCGAAACUACCACUUAGGUUUCCUUUCUUGGAGUCCCUGCCCCCCAAUCUUUGUUAGAAUUGGCUUUAAAAUAUCGCUGGAGCAUGGUUACUGUCUCCAAAUAGUUGUCUGUUACAUGUGUGUAUUUCAGCGACUUGGAUCCAAGGUACAUUUAUAGUUUCAAUAACUGUCUUAACAGUUUUAUAGAUAAGAAUUCUCUCAAGAAAAUGGAGCAUUACGCAUCUGAGAGCCAUACAGAUGGAUGCACUGGUUUGAAAGUGAGCAUACUUUUUUCCCUCAACGUAUACACUACUGAUUUUUUUUUUUUUUACAAGGUAUGACUAGAGAAAGUGAAUUAAUUUAUUGGUUAGAAGACUUGGUUGCUGAGCCCUUAUUACCUCUGGUUGAAGCCUCUAAAGGCUCACAGCUAGAGGGAAAAAAAAA